AUGGCUUUAAAGAGAAUUAACCGUGAGCUUGCUGAUCUUGGAAAGGACCCACCCUCCUCUUGCUCAGCUGGACCUGUUGGUGACGAUUUGUUCCACUGGCAAGCAACUAUUAUGGGACCUGCUGAUAGUCCUUAUGCUGGAGGUGUUUUCUUUCUCUCAAUUCACUUUCCCACUGACUAUCCCUUUAAGCCCCCCAAGGUGAACUUUACCACCAGAAUUUACCACCCCAACAUCAACUCCAACGGUAGCAUCUGUUUGGACAUCCUCCGUGAUCAAUGGUCACCAGCAUUGACAAUUUCCAAGGUUCUCUUGUCUAUCUGCUCUUUGCUUACCGAUCCCAACCCUGAUGACCCUCUUGUUCCUGAAAUUGCCCACGUCUACAAAACCGACAGACAACGUUAUGAACUCAGUGCCCGUGAAUGGACUAGAAAAUAUGCAAUCUAG